AUGGGUUGUGUGUGUUGUUCUCUAAGUUCUUUUGUAUCGAUCGUGCUAGAUGCUCUCGAGAGAGUAUCACUAUGUACUGUAUGUGCUAUGCUGACUUGUUGCCUUAUGCUGACUUUGAUAACAGUGAUGGUUAUGGGCAUUGGAAUCGGGUUCCACUAUUGUUUUGUCCAAAAUUCAGUGGACGCAAUGGAAAAGGCUGCAGCCGCAGCAGGCGCUGUACGAUCAGGAAAUGCGAGAAAGUCUUUAGCAAGUGGGAAUGUUAUGCGUUCCGUCGAUAAAGCAGUGCAACGCGGUUUUGCCCACAGGCUGACUAGAAGGGAGGCCGACACACCGCCACUGUCUAAUAACGUUACAAAUUCAUCGUACGCCUUAGAUACCAAUUUAACAAGAACGAAUAUAACCCAAUCCAUCGAUUUUACAAGUACGAAUGUGUCUUUGUCUGCAUUGUAA